AUGAAAGAAUCGAAUGAAAAGCGAAUCGCAAUUAUCGGUGCUGGUAUUUCUGGUCUUCCAUCAAUUAAAGAAUGUUUAGAUAAUAAUUUGAUUCCUGUUUGUUUUGAACAAAAUUCUUUUAUUGGUGGGCAGUGGAAAGUCGAAGAAAGGAAUGAAAAUAAUAAAGAUUUUUAUUCCUCGAUUUAUAAAAAUCUCUUAACUAAUACUUCUAAGGAAAUGUUAAAUACUAAAGUAUUAAAUGUAUCAAUUCUUGAUGAUAAACGAUGGAAAAUUAAAUAUAUUACUCAAGAUCAAAAUAAUAUCAAAAAUAAUAAACAUAAUAAAAAUAAGAUUACUCCAAAUGAAGAAAAGGAAGAAAUAUUUGAUUAUGUAAUGGUUUGCAGUGGCCAUCAUAAUCUUCCUCAAUUACCAAAGUUUAAAGGAAUGGGGAAGUUUAAAGGUGAACAAGUUCAUUCCCGAUUUUAUAAUGAUGGAUUAGAUAUUGCAGUACAAUUAUCCCCUGUCGCUUCACAGGUUUAUCUAAGUAUUCGAUCUGGAAAACCACUAGAUCAUUAUUCUCGAUUUAGAAUGUAUGCUAUUCCUGCUAAAAUUCGGAGAAAACAAAUGGAAAAAACAAUUUUAAAUACUUAUGGUCCAUUACCUACUCAUUUAGGAAAUUCAGAUACCUUCUUUAAUACGGAAUCAACAUGCAUAAAUAACGGUAUCAUUGAAUGUAUAAAGAAUGGAAGUGUUAUCGUAAAACCGAAUGUUCAUGAAAUGAAAUCAAAAGAAAAUAAACAAAUCGAAUUUGUUGAUGGAAGCAUUUUAGAAGAUAUUGAUUUUAUCAUUUAUGCUACUGGAUAUAAAUUAAAUUUUCCAUUUUUAGAUAAAAGUAUUAUUACAGGAGGGAAUGAAAUUGAACAAGAAUAUGAAGAAAAAUUUAAAGAAAAUUUAGUUUGGUUAUAUAAAAGAAUAUUUUCUGUCAAUUAUCCGAAUAUUGCGUUUCUUGGUUUACUUUAUAAGGCAGGUUCUUUCCUUCCAUUGAGUAAAAUUUAUCCUAAUCCUGAGAGUCAGACUUUACGCACACCUCCUUUAUUAUAUUUAGAUGAAUUAAGUAAAGAAAUUGGAUGUUAUCCUUAUUCUUGGGAAAUAAUUAAAAAAUUUGGAUUUAUGUUUUAUUGGAAAUUCUUGGAAGGAAUUCUUGGAGUGGAGCAAAGGAAACAGUUAUAA